CACGCGGGAUCGAGGCACAUGCGUAGUCGCCGCCAUUGUUCUAACCCGGAGAAGGAAAGACUGUGUUGUUUGUGAACGUUUUUACUGCAGUCUUUGUGAUUUCUGAUCACCCCAAAUUGCUGUCUGAUACAACUUUUGUGCACAAAGAUUGUGUAAAGACUGUGAUUGGACACUUGUGUUAUUUUUUAAGGUGUAGGAACUGAUCUGUGAUGUCGGCAAGUUUGGAUCAGAGGGCGAAAGGACAACCUAACCAAGUGUCCGCAGGACCAGGUAAAGACGGAAUGAAGGAGGAGGAGGCUUACAUGCCCCAGCCACAUCAGAGUGCUUACACCAAUCCAGGCCAGAUGCCAAGUCCAGGUGGAACCGAGUCUUUUUUCCAAAGCUACUAUACCCCAAACAUGUCCUACCCUUUCAUGGGCCAGGGAUUGGGCACGACUGAUGGCCCCUGGUCUAAUGGCGGUGACACCCCGAUGUUCGGUAUGGGCUAUGACUACAGCAGCAUGUACAGUGGAUUUGGGUUCCCUUUCAGUAGCUGGGAAUAUCCAAGUGACUACUGGGGGAAUGCAGCAACACAGCCAACAGCCCGGAAGGAUCCUCGGCCUUACCAGGAAACGGACUAUUAUGGAGAACCACCUAUGAUGCCUCCAGACUAUGGGGUGAUGAAUGGGGCAGGGCCUGACCGCGGUGAUCCCAUGGCUAGCGUGGAACAGGGACUUCGUGGCAUGACCCUUCAUGGCGGCAUCGACAAGAAGAUGGAGGCAGCAGCCAUGGCUUCUGAAGUUAUGGCGGGCAUGCCCAGUCAGGAAAUGGUGGCACCCCCACCUCCCCAGUCCAUCUCUGCUGCAAUGCCUGGCAUGGGAGGUCAAGGGAUGGGCGUUAGCCUAGGAACUGGGAAUGUUGGAGGAGGUGGCUCUGUGCCUAAGAAAACAUCAUGGGCAGCCAUUGCAUCUCAGCCAGCUAGGCCCCAGUCCCAGAUGCGACCCAGGACCAUCCCACGUGCUCCUGUUAAUCCUAACAAGCCUCAUAGCAUGGACAUUGGCACGUGGGAGAGCAGGGGAAGCGCAAGUGUUGGUGGCGGGACUGGCUCAGUAACCAAACCACAGUCCCAGCGCCAAGCUUGGAGUGCUCCUCGCCAGCGCCAGAUGGGUAGUGGCAGCAGCGGCAAUGGUGGGAGUGGAGGACAUGCAGGUACUAAUAGUAACAGCAACAACAGCAGCAGUGGAAGUAGCAGUGGCAGUGGAGGGCAUCAGCAGAACCACCAUGGGGGCAGUUCAGGCAACUCUGGCUCUUUCAGUGGUCAAGGAACCAGCAGUUCUGGUGGCGGUUCAGCUAGUGGCAAUGCUACAUCGCAUCCUGUGCUAGAGAAGCUCAAGCAGGAAAACCAGUACAACCCACGCGAGUUUAACCUUUCUCCCAAGGGGGCUCGUUUUUUUAUUAUUAAAAGCUACUCGGAGGAUGAUAUCCACCGCUCCAUCAAGUACAACAUUUGGUGCAGCACCGAGCAUGGAAACAAGCGCCUUGACCAGGCGUUCAGAGAACGUGAGGGGAAAGGUCCAGUCUACCUCAUCUACUCUGUCAAUGGAAGUGGCCAUUUCUGUGGCAUUGCCCAGAUGGUGUCACCUGUGGACUACAACAAGAACUCUGGAGUCUGGGCACAGGACAAGUGGAAGGGUCAGUUCGAAGUCAAGUGGGUGUAUGUCAAGGAUGUUCCCAACUCGCAGCUGCGUCACAUCCGCUUGGAGAACAACGAGAAUAAGCCUGUGACAAAUUCCCGUGACACCCAGGAGGUGCCUCCUGAGAAGGGCAAGCAGGUACUGAAGAUUCUUCACAACUAUAAGCAUACAACAUCCAUCUUUGACGACUUUGUGCACUAUGAGAAGCGCCAGGAAGAAGAUCAGCAGACCACAACCCCAGGAGGCAGUACCGGAAGCGGACUUCCACAUGGUCAUGCCCAUGAUCGAGGCGAUAGGGGCAGUGGGAGCAGUCAGCGUGGUGGUGGUAGUGGUGGCGGCGGCGGUGGCCGGGACUCUCGCCGUGGAGGCCGCCACAACUAAGCCUUCAUGGUUAAGCCAGUGGUGCAUGCUGGGAAAGGAUGUAACCCCUACUGUGAAGUCCUGUGGCACACUGAAUUGCUCGUGCACAAAAAACCAUCUAUGCUGACUUGCUCGAUGAUGGGGGAAAUCGCUCUGGGUUAUGGAUGAUGCACCUUUUAAUCAACUUGAAGAAUUGUAGUCAUAGCAGACUCUCGCCCUAGGCUUGAUGACUUUGAUUUUCUUCUGCCCACCCCCUCUUCCCUUAAUCUGCUUCUUUUUCUGCCCUUUUUGCCCUUGUUACUAUUCCCCCUUUUCUCUUGUUCCAUCUUCUCUCUGAAUUCUUAACAGUUUUCUGCUUGGUGUUGAUGUGGCUGAAUUACAACCAAAAAAAAAAAGGUUUCUACUGGAGGAUGAUUGCAGAACUUCAUAGGACACAGCCGGGAUGUUAGCCUUUUACUGGCUGUUUUACCAGCAAUUGUUGAGUGGAUUUCAUACGUGUAUGUAGCUUACAACUUUUAUUCUUUUCCUCCCACCCAACUUUUAUGAUAUCCUAUUUCAUAUGGAACCCCAAAUGGGCUUGGUCUCUUUUGCUAGAGUCAAACAUGCACCAGUGGAUUUGAUGCUGAGACAACUGUUGACUUCUGUGCUCUGUUUAUAUGACCAGUGGAGGGUUUUAACAAUUUGUGUUUUCACUCAACUGGAUGCUUGGCAACCACGCCUCUGAGCUGUGCUGUGUAGGUGUUUCGGGCUCAGCCAUGUGAUGCACUGUACAAACAGUUAUAUUCAAGCUGUGUAGAACUGACACAUUUGAACCUACUAUUGGUAUGGACAAAAAAGAAAAUUAAGCAGAAUAAACAAGAAGAAAAUAGACCUUUAUAAAGACAUCUUGAGUGCACUUGUGAUGAAGCCUCAAUAUUUUCCCAAGGCUUUGUGCUACAAAGACUGGAUUUAUCCACAAAUAGACUACACUGUUGACAGAAAAAAGAACUUUUCACCUAUAAGAAACAGAUACAUGAAUACUGUUGGAAAGCUUGUUUUGUUUUUGUUUUUUUUUUAAACUGGAUAAAGGUAAUGUGCAAACUUCCUGCCUGUUGCUCAUUGUGAUGCCCUGACUGAGUGCUGCUACGAAGCAGAAACAGCGGAGGAUGCAGCUGACACUGCAGCAAGCUCUGGCCCAUGGGGAUUGGUAGAACACUGGUUCCAUUAUUCCCAAUAAAAUGUGUACCUGAUC